GACCAAUUCAUUGUAGGUGUUUCCGGGGUGGAUCGAUCGAAGAAAAUGGUACACUAACAAUGAUGCAGUGCAAAACAUCAUUGUUUUUGGAUUAUAUAAAUGUUUGAAUAAAGCACCAAUUAGGAUAUAGGAUCCCAAAAAUAUCAAAACUUAUGACGUGUGGAAAUAUAAAAGGGCAUUUGAAUGAAAUUUAAUCACGUGUGGAAAUAUAGAAGUACAUUUGAAUGAAAUUUAAUCACGUGCGGAAAUAUAGAAGUACAUUUGAAAGAUAAUCAAUCACAUGUGGAAAUAUGUAAGUACUGUUAUGUACAUUUGAACAAAGUACUAUGUGGAGAUACAAACACAUAUAAGUAUAUCACUAGAGGCAUUCUAAAAUCUGCAAUUGAUGGAUACUAGCUAACAGGGAGGAUUGAUUUUAAAAAUGACAAGUCCAAAUGAUAGGGAGCUGCUGAUUCGAGCAGAUAAAGAACGGAGAGACAUAGUCAAGAAAUAUGCCAAGGGCAGAGAGGAGGGAGCGGAGAUUGACCCAUGGGAAGAUCCAAAGUUUGAAAUCUACCAAGUAACAGACCGUUAUGGUUUUAUACAUGACAAUGCACUGCCAGCCAAACAGGAUGAAGAUGAGCAAAAGGCCAAAUUGUUAGAGAUGGACCGAUCUGUAAAAUGGUUAAAGAUGAGGCAAAAAUGGAAAAAGUAUUUUCCUGGAGAAAAGGGAAGAAGAAGAGUCUACAAGGGAAUCCCAGAUCGUGUGCGGGGAGAUGUCUGGUUGAGACUUUUAGAUAUUGAUAGAAUGAAACAAGAACAGAGGGGGAUAUAUCAGAAAAUGAAAGAGAGAGCCAUGAGAUAUUCACCUGAUAUUCGUCAGAUUGAUCUGGAUGUUAAUCGCACAUACAGAGACCACAUCAUGUUUCGACAGCGUUAUGAUGUCAAACAACAAGCCUUGUUUCACGUCCUAUCUGCCUACUCGAUGUACAACACAGAAGUGGGUUACUGCCAGGGAAUGAGUCAAAUAGCUGCAUUGUUACUGAUGUACAUGAAUGAGGAAGAUGCAUUCUGGGCACUUUCAACUCUACUGACAGAUAGCAGACACGCCAUGCAUGGUGUGUUUAUUCCUGGGUUCCCCAAGUUGAUGAGAUUCCAAGACCAUCACGACCGCAUAAUCAAAAAAUUCUUGCCAAAAGUAAAGAAACAUUUGGAUCGUCAUGAGAUCCACGCCAGUCUUUAUACAAUAAAGUGGUUCAUGCAGUGCUUCCUAGAUAGAAUGCCAUUCCAUUUGACUCUGAGGAUCUGGGAUAUAUACAUGCUGGAGGGAGAGAGAGUGCUGUGUACUAUGGGAUACCUCUUACUCAAAAUGCACAAAAGGAAAAUUGUCAAAAUGGAUAUGGAGGAACUAUUCGGAUUCUUACAAAACGGCCUCGAAAAAGAUUUUGGUUACGAAGAUGAUGUUGUCGUUGACCAACUACAAGUUGCAAUGGACGAACUGCGGAAAGCAAAAAUGGAUGUUCCUCCGCCAGGAAAAGCAAACGAAUUACCACAAAAACCAUUUGGAUUAUUUGUAGAACCAAACAUUGAUAAAAUCAUCGGGCGAAGGACAAUGGAAUUUACCGAACAUGACAGUGAUUUAUUGGGUCACGUUAAAGCGGGCCUCGAUGAGGUCGCAGCUCAGAGGAGGAAGGCCCAGGAGGCCAAUGGGGAUGAAGAAGAAGAGGAAGAGGAGGCCUACUCCGAUGGUAUAUCCAAAUAUGGACGUACGGGUGAUAACCAGACAUUUGGAUCACGGACUUCAAUAACUGGGGCAUUAAGCUCUCGUACUUCCUUUAUUGGAACGGACUCGGAUAGCCGUGCUGCAUCCAUAAGCAAACUGAACACUCUCUAUAAUUCUGAAUACCACAGUUAUAGUGACCAUGAAGAAACCCCUUCUCCAAGGGUUUUAAGCAAUGCAGGUUUGUCAUUAGAGGAAUUGAUUGACGAUGUUACGACAUAUACCAGUCGUGUUCACUCGCCUGAGCCAAUAACCCCCACCCAGGGGCUAAAACAGGCCUCCCCAUACCCCCCUAAACCUGCCCCACCCCCUAGGCAAGCCCCACCCACAGAACGCCAAUCACAGUCAGAAUCCCCUUCACAAAGCUCACAAUAUGAUAAUGUUAACACUAACUCAGAUCAAUAUGAACAGGAUCUUGAACAAACUUUGGAACGUAUUGAAAAAGAUACAUCCGAUAACCCCGUAGUCUAUCAAGAAAAUGUAUCAACGGUGCGUGUUAAUGGAUACACAAGCCAGACUAGUAACAGUACUACAGUAGAGACAACAAAUACUAAACUUGUGCACCAAAAAUAUGUCAGUCACACAAAUGGACCGAUCAAUUUUGGUCUUGAAGAAGAGAGAAACAGCAUACCGCCCCUGGGUUACAACAGGCGACCCCAAAGCAUGCCAUAUGGAGGGUCUACCUCUGUAGUUCAAGGAAAACGCAUGACUGCGCAAACACCUUCUCCAGAAAGAACAGCAGUCUAUAUAUAA